AUGGGUAGUCAGAGUAGGCUUGAAUCUAUGGGAAGUCAGGAUAGGUUUGAAUCCAUGGGUAGUCAGGGUAGGCUUGAAUCUAUGAGUUGUCAGGGUAGGCUUGAAUAUAUGAGUUGUCAGGAUAGGCUUGAAUCCAUGCGUAGUCAGUAUAGGCUUGAAUCCAUGGGUAGUCAGGGUAGGCUUGAAUCUAUGAGUUGUCAGGGUAGGCUUGAAUCUAUGAGUUGUCAGGGUAGGCUUGAAUCUAUGAGUUGUCAGGGUAGGCUUGAAUCUAUGAGUUGUCAGGGUAGACUUGAAUCUAUUGGAAGUCAGGGUUGGCUUGAAUCCAUGAGUAGUCAGGAUAGGCUUGAAUCCAUGGGUAGUCAGAGUAGGCUUGAAUCUAUGGGAAGUCAGGAUAGGCUUGAAUCUAUGGGAAGUCAGGAUAGGCUUGAAUCCAUGGGUAGUCAGGAUAGGCUUGAAUCUAUGAGUUGUCAGGGUAGGCUUGAAUCUAUGAGUUGUCAGGAUAGGCUUGAAUCCAUGAUUAGUCAGGAUAGGCUUGAAUCCAUGGGUAGUCAGAGUAGGCUUGAAUCUAUGGGAAGUCAGGAUAGGCUUGAAUCUAUGGGAAGUCAGGAUAGGCUUGAAUCCAUGGGUAGUCAGGAUAGGCUUGAAUCUAUGAGUUGUCAGGGUAGGCUUGAAUCUAUGAGUUGUCAGGGUAGGCUUGAAUCUAUGAGUUGUCAGGAUAGGCUUGAAUCUAUGAGUUGUCAGGGUAGGAAUGAAUCUAUGAGUUGUCAGGGUAGGCUUGAAUCUAUGAGUUGUCAGGGUAGGCUUGAAUCUAUGAGUUGUCAGGAUAGGCUUGAAUCCAUGGGUAGUCAGGAUAGGCUUGAAUCCAUGGGUAGUCAGGGUAGGCUUGAAUCUAUGAGUUGUCAGGGUAGGCUUGAAUCCAUGGGUAGUCAGGAUAGGCUUGAAUCCAUGUGUAGUCAGGGUAGGCUUGAAUCUAUGAGUUGUCAGGGUAGGCUUGAAUCUAUGAGUUGUCAGGGUAGGCUUGAAUCCAUGGGUAGUCAGGGUAGGCAUGAAUCUAUGGGUAGUCAGGGUAGGCUUGAAUAUAUGAGUUGUCAGGAUAGGCUUGAAUCCAUGCGUAGUCAGUAUAGGCUUGAAUCCAUGGGUAGUCAGGGUAGGCUUGAAUCUAUGAGUUGUCAGGGUAGGCUUGAAUCUAUGAGUUGUCAGGGUAGACUUGAAUCUAUUGGAAGUCAGGGUUGGCUUGAAUCCAUGAGUAGUCAGGGUAGGCUUGAUUCCAUAGGUAGUCAGGGUAGGCUUGAAUCUAUAAGUUGUCAGGGUAGGUUUGAAUCUAUGGAUAGUCAGGGUAGGCUUGAAUUUAUGGCUAGUAAGGGUAGGCUUGAAUCUAUGGGAGGUCAGGGUAAUCUUGAAUCUUUUGGUAUGUAA